ACCAACUCAGUUUGGUCGCCACCGGUGGGAAGUCUCCCCUGCACGACCAACCACCCUUGAACCUCUGGUGUCCAACCAGGAAAUUUCUGAGAAGUGACCGUCCAGUCUAGAACCGUCCAGAGUUAUUACUAGAUCAGCUUGUCCGGAACUGGCCGUCCAAAUGGCGCUCGUGUUGAGUUGCCUUGAUUCCGCGGGCCCAAUAUCCCGUGGAUAGAGAACCCCAAAUUUGGCAUGCCCUCUGUGCUGUUUAGGAUCUUGUCCGCCUUCCCGUCUGCCCCAGAGAAAGUACAGGGACCUUGAAUCCACUUCUGCCGACCAUCUUUGUCUUGCUUUUAAAAAGGAUGAGGUGGUUUCACCCGAACAUCAACGGGAUCGAGGCAGAGAAGCUGCUAUUGACCAGAGGGGUCCAUGGAAGUUUUCUGGCCCGUCCGAGCAAAAGCAACCCGGGCGAUUUCACGUUAUCUGUCAGGAGGAACGAUGAGGUCACGCACAUCAAAAUCCAGAAUACUGGGGACUAUUAUGACCUGUACGGAGGGGAGAAGUUUGCCACGCUGGCCGAACUGGUCCAGUACUACACGGAGCAGCAGGGCCUGUUACGGGAGAAGAACAGCAACAUCAUUGAGCUAAAAUACCCUCUGAAUUGCCAGGAUCCCACCUCGGAGAGAUGGUACCAUGGCCACCUGAGUGGCAAAGAGGCGGAGAAACUUCUGACGGAGAAAGGCAAGCCGGGGAGUUUUUUGGUGCGUGAGAGUCAAAGUAAACCCGGAGACUUUGUCUUGUCGGUGCUGACCAAUGAGGACAAGGCGGACACAGGCGACCGGAAACCCCGGGUCACACACAUUAUGAUCCGCUACCAGCCAGAUGGGAAAUACGACGUGGGAGGUGGUGAGCGAUUUGGCACCCUCACAGAUCUGGUGGAACACUAUAAGAAAAAUCCCAUGGUAGAGAAGUCCGGAGCAGUCGUACACCUGAAACAGCCCUUUAACGCCACCCGAAUCAACGCGGCCAACAUUGAGAACCGGGUUAAAGAGCUGAACAAGAUGGCAGAUCACAGCGAGAAAGCCAAGCAAGGUUUCUGGGAGGAGUUUGAGAUGCUGCAACAGCAAGAAUGCAAGCUUCUCUAUCCCAGGAAGGAGGGGCAGCGUGCUGAGAACAAGGCGAAGAAUCGCUACAAGAACAUCCUUCCCUUUGACACGACACGGGUAGCUCUCCGAGACAUGGACGAGAGCGUUGCGGGUUCCGAUUACAUCAACGCCAAUUAUAUUAAGAACAUUCAGGAGGACGGGAGAAGCUCCGAGCACGGCAAGGUCUACAUCGCCACCCAGGGUUGCCUCCAGACGACAGCCAGCGACUUUUGGGCGAUGGUGUACCAAGAGAACACCCACGUCAUCGUCAUGACGACCAAGGAAGUGGAGCGGGGCCGGAAUAAAUGUUUCCGCUACUGGCCGGAUAAGAACUGUGCCAAGGAAUACAGCUGCAUCAGCGUACGGAAUAUCGGUGAGCAUGAAACGCAGGGCUACCACGUCCGAGAGCUGGAAAUUGCCCGGUUGGACAGGGAGGAGCGUCCCAGACAGAUCAAGCACUUCCAGUAUUUCAGCUGGCCGGACCACGGAGUCCCCAACGAGCCGGGAGGCGUCCUGAGCUUUCUCGACCAAGUCACCCGAGCUCAGAGGAGCGUCCCGGACCCUGGUCCAAUUGUCGUGCACUGCAGUGCCGGCAUAGGACGUACUGGUACUAUUAUAGUGAUUGAUAUCCUGGUGGACACCAUUCGUAGACAAGGCUUGGACUGCGACAUCGACAUUCCCAAGACCAUCCAGAUGGUGCGGAGGCAGCGCUCAGGAAUGGUGCAAACGGAAGCCCAGUAUAAGUUCGUCUACAUGGCAGUCCAGCAGUACAUCGGGACUGAACAGAAGCGGCUCGAAGAGGAACAGAGAAAUAUGAGGAAAGAGCGAGAAUACUUGAAUAUCCGAUACGCACCAAUGGAGAAACCCAGAGCCAAAGCCUGUCCUCCUUCACCGAUGGCCCAGAUGGGGGUUGAUGACGAAUCUGCCUCCGUGUAUGAAAAUCUUAACGUCAAAACCUCCAAAGUCUCCGGGCUGAAUAGCUCAGAAAGAUAGCAACUUCCGGAGACAGCAGACCACGCUAGCCAGAAGGACUUCAUGAAGGUUCGCUCUGCGUGUUUCCCAUGUGCUGUCAUCGUGUUUUCUCUUUUGCCACUUGACUGCGUCCCUCCAUCCCCCAAGCACCUUGGAUUCAGUACUGGAAACCGAAAAGACCCCCAUCCACUUGGAGGGUGGAGCAUCUACGUUUCAGGGACAAAUUUUGGCCUAACUUAUUCACGCAAGAGACAUUUCCGUCUUGUGUUGGUUUCCCCCUUGGCUGGGAGUGUGUAUCUACAAGUGCCUCUCAGAUGUUUAUUCUAGAGUAUACAAAUCUUAAACUUUGAAGGGUUUUAUAUAAAAGAAAAGACUAUGGUAA